UCUGCCAAGCCAACAGUCACUAUGAGCCCUGUGCUGCAGCCUGCCCUGCCACCUGUGUUGACCCGAUGGCUCCCCACAGCUGCAGCCUGCCGUGCGUGGAGGGCUGUGUGUGCGACAGCGGGUACCUGCUCUACAAUGACCGCUGCGUGCCCAGCCAGCAGUGCGGGUGCUGGCACAACGGGCAGCACUACCCCGUGGGCUCCGAGUUCUGGACGGACGACACCUGCUCCUCCAAGUGCACGUGUCCUGCACGGGGAAGCAAAGUCCAGUGCUUCAAUGCCUCCUGCCCUGCGGGCCAGUACUGCGGGGUGCAGGACGGGAAACCUGUGUGCCUCGAACACUCCUACGGCAUCUGCCACGUCCACGGGGACCCCCACUACAAAACCUUUGACAGGGUGACGCACAACUUCAUGGGCAACUGCACCUACACCCUGGCCAAAGUGUGCUCCAACACCACUUCCCUGCCCCACUUCAAUGUGGAGGCCAAGAACGAGCACCGGGGCAACACCCGAGUGUCCUACGUGCGCGAAGUCGUGGUUGAGGUGUACGGACAGCGCAUUGUCAUCCUCAAGAAGCAGGAGAGCCACGUGCUGGUGAACAACGUGCGCCAGACGUUGCCGGUGAGCGCAGCGGGAGGGGCCAUCACGGUGAGCAAGAGUGGUCGCUACAUCGUCCUGGAGACAGACUUCAACCUCCGAGUGUCCUACGACACUGACCACUCGGUGGAGGUGAAGGUGCCCACCACCUACUUCAACCUGACCUGUGGCAUGUGUGGCAACUUCAACAACCGCAGAGACGACGAGUACAUGAUGCCCAACGGGCAGCAAGCCACAGACUCCAAUGCGCUGGGGGAGAGCUGGCAGGUCCCAGACAGUGACCCCUCCUGCGGUGUCCCUGUCCCCUCCCCACCCUGCAGUGCAGAAGAGGAGAAGCUCUACCGCUCCGACCAGUUCUGUGGCAUGCUGACCACCAGGCCUAGCGCUUUUGAGAGGUGCCAUGGCGUGAUCAACCCCCAGGACUACUUUGACACCUGCUUGUACGACCUGUGUGCCCUGAAUGGUGGCCAGGAGUUCCUGUGUGCUGCUCUGGAGGCCUAUGCUGACGCUUGCCAGGCAGCUGGUGUGACUCUUCUUCCCUGGAGGAAUGCUACCUUCUGCCCCCUGCAGUGUCCCCCCAACAGCUACUAUGACCCCUGCAUGACCGGCUGUCCUGCCACCUGUGCUGACCAACAAGCCCCACAGAACUGCUCCAAGCCUUGUGUGGAGGGCUGUGCGUGUAGCACUGGCUUCCUCCUGAGUGGAGACGCCUGUGUGCCCGAGGCCAACUGUGGCUGCCUCUUUGAAGGCAACUACUAUACUGAAGGCGAAUCCUCCGUGAAUGAGAAUUGCACUCGCCGGUGCCGGUGCGAAGCCAAAGGCCAGAUGGUUUGCUCUGCCUUGUCCUGUGGCGAGGACGAGGUCUGCAAGAUCCAGGAUGGCCAGAGGGGCUGUUACCCAGCCAGCACUGCCGUCUGCCACAUCUACGGUGACCCACAUUACAGCACCUUUGAUGGGAAGCUCCAUCACUUCCAGGGCUCCUGCAACUACACAGUGGUGACGGGCUGUGACAAUUCCUCCCUUGGCUUCAGCGUCACCACCCGCAACAAACAUCGCAGCAGCCGGAGCUGGACAGCUCUAAACUCUGUGGCACUGUCCCUCAAGGGCCUCCACAUUGCACUGCGCGAGCACAAGGCAGUCUACAAAUCUGUGCUAGAGGUUGAUGAAGAAAGUUGGGUAAAAGGCAUUAUUAAGACAUUGUUAUAUAAGUGGAGCAGUCGUGCUUCCUGCAGUGCUUCUGGGGACCCACAUUACAACACUUUCGACCACAAAGUUCAUAAUUUCAUGGGAAAUUGCACUUACACCCUCUCCAAAGUGUGCACUGUCUCUGAGAGUCUUCCAUACUUUGAUGUGUCCACAACAAAUGAGCACAGAGGAGCCAACACCAAAGUCUCUUACGUGAAGUCAGUGCAUGUGAAAGUCUAUGACAAUCAGAUUUCUCUGCUGAAAAACAAGAAAGUGAAUGUGAAUGGUCGCAGAAUGAACUUGCCUGUAUUUAUCGAAAAGAAAAUCAGUAUUCAAAGCAGUGGUGGAUAUGUUCUCUUGGAAACUGACUUUGGACUGUGGGUGAGAUAUGAUGGAAAUCAUUAUGCAGAAGUCUCUGUGCCCUCUAAUUACAGUGGUCUGCUCUGUGGCCUAUGUGGUAAUUAUAAUGGUGAUCCAAAUGAUGACAAUAUCAAGCCCAAUGGUGACAUUGCAAGUGGUUCCACUGAUCUUGGAGAAAGCUGGCUGGUGCCUGAGAAUAACACCAUAUGCUUCAGUGGUGGGACAGAAGAGCAAUGUGAUCCUGUGUUGGAGAGUGAAGCAAAGAAAAACACAGCAUGUGGCAUGAUCACAGACCCAACAGGAAUCUUCAAGGACUGUCACACGAAGGUGCCUCCACAGAAUUUCUUUGAAAACUGUGUUUAUGACAUGUGUUUCACUGGGGGACAGGCAACAUCCUUAUGCUAUGGACUUCAGGCCUAUGCUGAGCUGUGUGUCAAUGCUGGGAUAUGCAUAGAAUGGAGGAAUGCUACUCUUUGCCCAAUGUCCUGUCCUGGAGGCAGCAUCUACAAGAGCUGUGGUACUAGGUGUCCUUCUACCUGUUUGAACAUCUCAAAAGUUGAUUCCUGCAGUCCUUUGCCAGUGGAAGGUUGCUUCUGUAAGGAAGGCUAUGUUUUGAGUGGAGACACAUGUGUUCCAGAAAGCAACUGUGGUUGUGUUGAUGAAAACAACCAGUAUCACCAGCUGAAUGAAAGCUGGUUCACUCAUUACCCCUGCACUGAGCGCUGCACCUGCAAGGCAAAUAGCAUCAUUGAGUGCCAGGCUUGGGAGUGUGGAGUCCAAGAGGAGUGCAGUAUUCAGGAUGGUGUGCUGGGCUGUCAUUCCAAUGGCCAAGCAACAUGUCAAGUGGUAGGAGAUCCCCAUUAUUUUACUUUUGAUGGAAUGAAGUACACUUUUGUGGGAACCUGCACAUACACUUUGGUUGAGGUUGUCAACACUGCCACCAAUGUCAUUCCUAUAACCAUACUUGGCAAGAACGAAGACAGAGGACUAAGAGGGGCCACAUACCUGAAGGAGGUCUACAUAGAUGUGCAUGGUGUACGAAUCACCCUUCAGAAAAACCAAGGACUCCUGCUGAACAAUGAGAGAGUCUACACUCCAGUAGAGAAACAGCUGCACGGCGUGUCUAUUGGAAAUGUUGGCAGAUUUAUAGUAGUGGAAACUGACUUUGGUAUGAUAGUGAAAUAUGACGGCAAUCACCAUUUGGAGAUCACCCUCCCACGCUCUUACUUCUCACAGGUGCAUGGCAUGUGUGGCAAUUUCAAUGGUAAUCAUGAAGAUGAUCUGUCCUUGACCAAUGGUACAGUUGUCACUGCCCCACAGUUUGGAAAUAGCUGGGAAGUGGAGACAGACAGUGAUAAAGGUUGUUUGCCAGACUUGAGAGAAGAAGAUGAUACUCCUUGCACUGCUGAGAAUAAACAACUCAUUGAAAGACAGUGCAAUGUUCUAAAAUCAGACAAAUUCAAAGUAUGCCAUAGUCUAGUCAACCCUGAUGACUUCAUAGAGAUCUGCAUCUAUGAUAUGUGCCAGUAUGAUGGUAUGAAGUCUGCUCUCUGUGACAUAGUUCAAGUCUAUGUGGACACCUGCAAGAAUCAUGGAAUCAUCAUUAAAUGGAGGAAUAGCACAUUCUGUCCACUGCCCUGCCCAUCCCGGAGCCACUACAAAGACUGUGUCUCUGCCUGCCCAUCAACAUGCAGUGACAUUUUUGCCUCUUCCCUUUGUGAGAAGACAGAAGAGUGCACAGAGGGCUGUGAAUGUGAUGAUAAUUAUGUGCUCAGCAAUGGCAACUGUGUGCCCCUCAGCAGCUGUGGCUGCAGGGAUGAUGACAACAAUUACUAUGAAGCUGGGGAGACAUGGAUAACUCCACACUGCACCAGAAGAUGCCAGUGCCAGAAGAACGGUGUCAUCAGUUGCAGGAGCUAUAGCUGUGAUUCUAGAGAAACCUGUGUGAUCAAAGAUGGAAAACACAAGUGCAAUCCAACAGGUUUUGGGAGAUGCCAGGUCAUGGGUGACCCACACUACAUCACCUUUGACGGGCUGGUGCACCACUUUCAAGGGAAAUACACAUAUAUUCUGGCUCAGACCAUCCCUGACCUACCUGACACUCUGACACAGUUCAGCAUUGAAGGCAUGAACUAUCCUUUACGUGGAAGUCGACACAUUACUUACCUGAAAGAGAUGCUCAUCAAUGUUUACAACCACACAGUGCGAUUCAGGCAGAACAAGCAGGUUCUGUUGGAUGGUGUGAGGGUGAGACCCCCUGUUCGACCCCAUGAAGGUAUUCGUAUAUAUCAGAGGGCAAGAAGAAUUUACCUGGAGACAGAUUUUGGCUUAUACCUGAGCUUUGAUGGCAAUCAAAAUGCAGACAUAAAGCUGGCUACCUCCUACAGAAACAGAGUGGAAGGCUUGUGUGGUGACUUUGAUGGGAGACACAGAAAUGAUUUCACAAAUCCAGAUGGUGUUUGGGUGAGGAACGUGAAUGUAUUUGGUGAAAGUUGGAAAGUUCCUCUGAAAAGAAGCUCUCGUCUCAGACGAGAUGUCAUCUCAGAAAAUGAGUCUGAGGAGGAACCAGAUCCAGGACUUUUCCAAGGCUGCAACGAAAAUCAGCUGGAGCAGCAAAACACAACUACAAGGUGUCAAAUCCUGACUAACUCGAAUGGUCCUUUUGCCAAGUGUCAUUCCGCAGUCCAACCAGAUUUCUAUUUCACGAGCUGCCUGUUUGAUAUGUGUGUGGAAGAAGAUGAAGUUGCUACCUUGUGUCGCAGUCUGGAGGAAUAUGUGCUGGCUUGUCAGCAGCAAGGAGUCAGCAUGGAUGGCUGGAGGCAACAGACUGACUGUGGCAUAUCAUGUCCUGCCAACAGCAAGUACAGCUCAUGCAUGUCUGCAUGCCCAGCAUCCUGCAACGACCUGACCAGCCCCUCUCAGUGUGAAUCACCCUGUGUUGAAGGCUGUGAAUGUCUCCCUGGUUAUGUUCUUAGUGGCUUUGACUGUGUGCCUUACAAACAGUGUGGCUGCACAUACCUUAACAAAUACUAUGAGAUUGGAGAAAUAUUCACCACUGAUGACUGCUCUCAGAGAUGCCAGUGCACAGAAAGUUCCACUGUUUUCUGCUCUGAGAUAGUGUGUGGGUUUGGUGAAAUCUGUGGCAUUUCAAACUACAGUCGUGGCUGCUACAGGAGUGGCCCAUGUAUGCCAAAUCCUUGUAAGAAUGAUGGCAUUUGCUCUGAAACUUACAACAGCACCUCUCUCCACUUCUGUGAAUGUUCAGAACUCUACACAGGACCAAACUGUGAGGCUGAAAAAAUAGCUGAAGAUCCUGACACAGAGGAUUCGGGUAACACAAUUGCCAUCGUCAUUGCAGUUGUGGCAGGUGUAGCUGUUAUUGUCAUUCUCAUCUCUUCUACAGUGUUUCUGUUCAGAAGGAAGAGAAAGGUGGAUACAGUUACAAUAACAAGGGAUUCUUCUUUGAAAUGGUCCAGUGAUGAAUUGGAUGCCAGAGUACGUGAGCAAGAUUAUGGCUGCAUCGUGAACAGUGCAUUUGAUCAAAAUGAAUCCACAAAUACACACUUAUAGUUAACAAUAUUAUUAUUUGUCAUACUUUUUACUCUUGUAUUUUAAUUGUAUUUCUAAUACUUUGAGAAGAAAUAAAAAUAAAUUUAUCAUUG